UUCCAACUACUUCUCCUUCCUUCUUCUUCAACAUUCUCUCUCUCUCUCUCUCUUUGCUUUCUAAAUUUCAUUGCAGAGUUCUUGUGUUCUUGACGAUGCCACAAGUGGAUCUGGAGAACCUAGUUACAGCCUGUGCCGGCGGCUCCGAUAGGAAAAUCGCCUGUGAAACGCUCGCCGACGGAGAUCACCGGCCGGAGCAGUCGGAUCAACCGGAGGUACCUUCGGAUUUCCCGCCGGAGUCGUUUUGGCUCUCGAAAGACGCUGAGCUUGACUGGUUCGACCAGCACGCCUUUUACGAGCGAAAAGAUUCGGGAAAAGGUAACGUAAACUCGACGAACUUGAAUCCGAAUCUGAAUCCGAGUGCGAACUCGAAUUCUCAGCGGUUCUCUCUCAACCUCAACUUGAAGUCCAAAGCUUCGAUUCUCGGCUUGCCGAAGCCUCAGAAGUCUUGUUUCGUCGACACGAAGAGUCGCCGGAACAACAAGCAGGGAAAUACUCGGUUGUUUCCGAAACGGUCCGGAUCGGUAGGCAAAUCGGAUUCUUCGGUGGUUGAACCGUCGUCGCCGAAGGUUUCUUGCAUGGGAAGGGUGAGAUCGAAGAGAGACCGAAAUCGGAGACUAAGGAACCGGCAACUCUCCUCAGAACGGAUCGCCGAGAUAGAAAAAUCGGCCGGGAAACGAAAAUCCGGAUUUUUCGCCACUUUUCGUGCUCUUUUCCGAGCCGGUCGGCGAGACAAACCGGCGCCUAGGGUUCACGCGCCGCAGAUUGAGUCCGAAUCGCCUCCGAGGAAGAGUUCGGCGAUUAGAGCGCGUGACAGUACGGCUUCCGAUUUCGACGCGCCGAGAGGGAGCUUAUCGGAGAUUGAAACGCCCGGUUUGGGCGGAAUGAACCGGUUCGCAUCCGGAAGAAGAUCAGACGCUUGGGCCGAUGACGUGGUUUGAUGUGAUUGGUUGAGUCCAAUCCUCUAGCGGUCGCGAUUGGGAAUAUCUGUGGAGCCCACACUUUGUUCUAAAAUUUGUCGUUGCGAUGACGUGGCACGUUGAAUAACGGUUUCCCCUUCCGCGGGGUGAAAGGUGAUAAUAGUCACUAGUACAAUUUUCUACACAGUUUUUUUUUUUUUUUUUUUUUUUUUUUUUUUUAAUUUUAAAUUUGUAUUGUAGGCUCUAAGGUUUUGUAAAUAUAUAUUGAGUGUUGUUGAAUGAGUAGCUGUAAAUUUUUUUCCUUGUAAAAGUCUCUAUUAAAUGAUAUUUGGAUUUGAAUUC